UACAAAUCGAAAACUAAUUUUGAUGAAAUAAAAACGUGUUAAUUAGGUAUACAUAAUUAUUAUAGAUGAAUAAAAUGCAUGUACAGAGUGCGCAUACUUGAAGAAUUAAAAUACAGGUAGUACCUGUACUACGUCACGAGAAUUAUAUUGCGAUUUUGAGUUCAGUACACAAGAGUCGCUUUAGCGUUACGGUUGCAUUGCAGUUGAACAAAUGGAAAGCAGGAGAAAGUACUAAAAACACUGCAGGUUUACAAAGCCUUGCAUUUAAACUGCUGUCUGUGUUUUUGUUGUUGUUUUGCAAAAAUGGCAAAUUCUCUAUGCAAAUCUUCGGUACAAAAAACCUACCAAGAUGUCAUAAACGAUGUUAUUUCAAAUAUUCGCGAUCAUUUUCUAGAAGACGGUGUCGACGAGCAGGUUUUGCAAGAACUCAAACAACUUUGGGAAAAUAAAUUAAAGGCCACUAAGGCCGUUGAGGAUGCCAAAGAAAUGGAAAAAAUGCAGCAGCACCAAAACAAACUAAAGCAAGACCAAAUCGAUUUUCAAAAAGUCCAGAACCAAAUGCGCCAAGUUGUGGGUCAAGUCGCGCCGAAUAACCACGUGGCGAUGAUGUCGGGUGACUACCGAAGAGUUCCUAUACAAUUAACAAUCCCGCAACUGCCGGGCAGUCAGGAGGGUCAAAGGACUUUGGCCAUAGAGGUCCCGGAAGUUUUCCUGCAAGGCAAUCACUUGAAGAACAUAUUGACAUCGAAUGUGGUUAGCACGACGAUGGGGUUAUCGGUGUACAACGCAUGCGCAUACUUGCAGGACCAUGUGAAUAAGGCUUUCGUGAAACAUCAACAUAUGAUGGCGAUGAUGCCGCCGCAUCUUAUGAACUCUGUCCAGCAAGACUCUCAAUACAUGCCGCAUAUGAUGAAGGAUAUCACGCAGUGCGAUGGGAAUGAGGAUUCCUCGGAAGAUGAAGAUCUCGACGAGGAUAACGAUGAGGAUCCCCAAGAGGACGUAGAGGAUGAGGAGGCGAGCAACAGGUUGGAGGAAGAGCCUUUGAAUUCCGGAGACGAUGUUUCAGAUGCAGAUGAAGCUCAUUCCUCCUUUGAAACCGAAAAUGUCAUUGUUUGUCAGUACGACAAAAUUACUAGAAGCAGGAAUAGGUGGAAAUUUCAUUUUAAAGAUGGCAUUAUGAAUUUAGAAGGGGAGGAUUAUGUUUUCCAAAAAGCCAAUGGAGACGCCGAAUGGUGAAGACUGUUAUUUAGUAGGUACAAUAUAUUUUAUUUUUGUUACUUAAGGGGAAUCCUAUAGAAUGGUGCUUUUGACAAUGCAAGACUUGGGAUUCCUUAUUGUGCUUUUAUUUGUUAGUUAGGGCAUUAAUUGUUAAGGCUUUUAUUUUUUGUAUUGUGAUAAUUUUGUUUAAAUUCCAAAGAGUUACUAGAGUGAUUUGAAACUAUUUCGAGAGAUAUAUUACGCAAUAUAUUAUAUUAAUAUGUUAUUUUAUUACAAAUUUUAUGAAAAUAAAUUUAUGAACAUUUAA